CCUGCCGCCAAUAUGGCCGCGCCCACSCGGCCGUGCCGCUGCCUGCUCCCGCUGCUGCUGCUGGCUGUGGGAAUGCGAAUGGCGGCGGCCACCGGGGACACCGGGACACCUGAGACCGGGGACUGCGGCUGCAGCGCCAGCCGGGCUGCCGGCGACGGGCGGGAGGAGGCGGCGCGGCGCUACUCGGCGGAGGCAGCGAGCGGCGGGCGGAGCGGCGGGCACGGGCCGAUGGUGGCGAUUCCGGGAGGGGUGUUCACCAUGGGCACCCACCAGCCUGAAAUCCAGCAGGAUGGAGAGGGGCCUGCCCGGAAAGUCCACAUUAACGCCUUCUACAUGGAUCAGUACGAGGUCAGCAACGAGCAGUUCGAGAGAUUUGUGAAUUCCACUGGCUACAUCACUGAGGCAGAGAAGUUUGGUGACUCCUUUGUGUUUGAGGGGAUGCUGAGUGAAGCAGUGAAGGCUGACAUCCACCAAGCAGUGGCAGCUGCUCCCUGGUGGUUGCCUGUGAAAGGGGCCAGCUGGAGGCACCCUGAGGGCCCUGACUCCAGCAUCUCCAGCAGAAUGGACCAUCCUGUCCUUCAUGUGUCCUGGAACGAUGCUGUGGCUUUCUGCACGUGGGCAGGGAAGCGUUUACCGACCGAGGCUGAGUGGGAGUACAGCUGUCGAGGGGGCCUUGAAAACAGGCUUUUCCCGUGGGGCAACAAACUGCAGCCCAAAGGUCAGCACUAUGCCAACAUCUGGCAGGGAGAAUUCCCAACCAAUAACACAGCAGAGGAUGGSUACAAGGGGACUGCACCUGUCACUGCCUUCCCCCCCAAUGGCUUUGGCCUCCACAACAUGGUGGGCAAUGCCUGGGAGUGGACAUCUGACUGGUGGGCUGUGCACCAUUCCCCACAGGAAGCUCACAACCCUAAAGGGCCGUCCUCRGGCACGGACAGAGUGAAGAAAGGUGGAUCCUACAUGUGCCAUAAGUCCUACUGCUACAGRUACCGCUGUGCAGCUCGGAGCCAGAACACCCCCGACAGCUCCKCUUCCAACCUGGGCUUCCGCUGCGCCGCCGACACCGCCCCGGGGCCACGCUGACCACAGGAUGUUCCUGGGCACACCAGGGGCUCAGCCACCCCAGCAAGGGGACGUGGCACCAGUCAACCUCGCUGAAGACAGAAUGGAAAAGCCUUUCUUCAAACCAGCACUACUCAAUAUUGCUCAGAGAACUUUUGCGUUCAUGAGGAACCUGGAUUUAAAUCCUGACCGGAGUGUUCUGGAUUCAACUGGAACAAAACUGGGCAGAAACAUGSCAAUCGUAUUUUGAAAGGUUACUUAAUCCCAGGAUUAUUUAGGCUGGAAAAGAUCUUCAGGAUCAUUGAAUCCAACCUUUGACUGAUCACUACCUUGUCAACUACAACAGCUCCUCUAGGCAAGAUCUUUAUUAAUUAGUUUUAUUUAUCUAGAGUUUCUACACCCGAAUGCAAAAAGCAAAGACUUCAUUAACUUCUAGACAGCUUUAAAAGACAUUGUAGGCAGUUAAGAAAUUCUAGGCAGCUUUAAUAGAGAAUGGAAGGAGUUGAGAGUGAGGGCUGGGAGAUGACAGCUCUCCCCACAGGCAGCUUGCACAGCCCUUCUGUUACAUUCCACUUGCRGUGCAAAUCAUGUCCAGAAAUGGGCUUUUUCUGGGGAGGUAUUUGCUGCUCUUUAGGAAGUGCCUUCUGCAACUGAGCGGUGAUAAUCCUCAGGGUGAUGAUGAUUAGAAAUCUUGUACAUAUUUGAAUAAAGUAUCAAGCAUUUGUUUAUGCCAAAGACUUUUAUUAAUGAAAAAACACAAUUUCCUUUGAAUUUCUUCUACACAGUGUAGGCUAAUUUUAGGGACUUGGAAAAUGCAAAACUGUCCUCAUUAGAAACUGAAGCUAAUGAAUGAUUCCACUUGAGUAAAAGUCAUGGAAGUGAUGGCAGAUGGAACUCUGAGCCCUAAGGCCUAAUAGGGUAAAUUUCUAAACCGUUGUGUGUUGAAAAUAAAAUUCCUCACUGAAAAGGAGAAGUAUUUUAGCAAGUAAGAAAGGAAAUUGUAAUUUGAGUAAUUGAAAGCAACCUCAUUUUGGGAACUGAAUGUAACAGURGAUUUAUAAAAGCCUUGGCACUGAUGCUGGUCCUUGCCAGCAUUGUCUUUGCUGUAGUAAACUGGGYUUGGGUUUGAUGCAAAUCCAUCACCUGCCAGCUCCCUCUGCACUGGUUUCAUGUUCAAAAGACGGCACAGGAGAACAUUUGGGCAGCCUUUCACCAAACACCAGCCUCCACAGGGGUCCAGCUAAGUCCAGCAAGCAGAAAAAUGUAUUGCAGAACACACCAUGACAUGGCACAAUAUUGAGAAAUUGAUAAUCAAUACUGCACUCAGAGUAGAGAGGAGCAGGGAGGAUCAGAGGAAGCUCCGAGUCUUUUGAGCUGU